UCCCCUUUUUCCGUUCACGAGUGAAACGUAGAAAGUUCCCGGUUAUUUCGACCCGGUGGUUCCCUUUUUUCCUGCGUCCAUCGCGACCGAGAUCCGCUGGUAUCUUAGAAUCGUUGCGUCUGUUGUGAAAAUUGUUUUGAAGACGUGCCAGUACUCUGCAAACAAAUCGCAUCGAGAAAUAGAAUAAACGGGUCUAUUUCGUUUCCAAUUAAAUGUUUUCUUCCGUAUUUCAGGUAGCCUUAAUUCAACUAUGUAUUUAUCUUCCGCAAAUUCACUAUAAAGUAGAUGCCCAGUGCAAGAUACGGGGCUGAAGGAGCUUCCUUGGUUUGACCUCGUACCGAAUCGACAUACGCUAACGUUGCACCCACGCUAGUCCUUUUAUCAAGUCCGAUCGUAUACGAAAAUACGAUAAUCUUUUGUGCAAGUAAUUAGAAGUACAGUGUUUAAUGUCGCAUGCAUAGUAAAAAUUCCAAAAUAUUGAUCAAUCUUGCGCAAUGUUAAUUAGACGAAAAUGAAGAGAUACCGUGACACGAAAGUUGCUUCAUUUCAUUCUUAACAUUAAUGGAGGAACAGAUUUUCCAAAUUUUCUUUCCAUCAGUAUCGUAUUUUCGUUGGCGCAGCAGAUCGGUGUGCGGUCGGCCUAAAGUCAUCGGCCAAGGUACGAGAGAAUCCUCUGCGUUCCGGAGGAUGCAGGGGGUGGCAAGUUGGCAAAAGAGGAACCGGUGUGCUGCGCCUCUGAUGGGAAGGAGAGACAGCAACGGCGAGCCGGGGGAGAAGGUGGGGCGCGGAGGUUAGCGGCGGACGAGAGAAGAGCACCGGUACGAAACCGAGACGGAGGAACAGGGAGAGCUGGACAAAGAGAGAACGAGUGUAAAGGGAGGGAGACUUGAGAGAGAGAGAAAGAAAAUCCGGUUGCCUGGCGACGAGCCAUCUAGUUCGAUCCCAGCCAGCCGACCAGCCACCCUCUGGACGCAGGAGCAACGAGAGAAGGCGACUACCUUUUGCCUUCCUUUCCUUUUUCUUGUCAUUCUUAACUUUUCUACACCGCCGCGCCUUUAUUUCCCCAGGCUGCGCUGGAUACCCUCCGCGCUCAACCCCCUCCGUUUUUCGUGUUAACAUAGUACGUCGGCUUGCUGUACCGUUCGGAUGAUAAUGAGUUUCGGUUAGUCCGACAGAAGAGAACUGCAGGUUUCAACCGAGCCUAGUGGUGGUCGAUCAAGAGUGAAACGUGUGUGCAUCGAAUGUGGAAUCGUUCGGAGCGGUGUUUCAUUUUGUUGCGAAGAUGAGAGUGGUCAUUAGAAUCGGCUACCGCGGGGGAAGCCUCGUUUGAAGGGAAGGAAACAAGAAAGAGUAACCUCGUUGAUGGGAGAUCGAGCGAGCGUAAGGGGGAUAAAAACAGCGGAAAGUGUGCGUGUGGAUGUACACACAUGUGCGAAAAGAGAGGAGAGAGCCAAGCAUCGAGGAGAAGCGAAACCAAUAUUGCUAGAAAGAUGAAGUUCUUCGGCCCUUGUGAUUUUUGUUACGCAAUGGAGAUCUUGAAACUCCUCGACGUACUUCGAUGGAACGUAAUCGGGAAAUAACUAGGGAAAUGCAAGACUUCACCAGCGUUAUGAUAGCUGGAAACGAUUUUGAAGAAAGAAAUAUAGUGUCUCGGUAGUAAUGCAUUGCCAGACAGACAUGUUCUAGAAAGAAAUUUUCAUCAAGGAAUUGUGCACGGCUGGCUACUUUGUUGUACGAUAAGUUCAAUCGAUAAUUAACAAAGAAAUCGAUGUUGACCACUGAAUUGAUGUUGCGAACAAUUCGAGUGCUCUAGGGAUAUUUUUAAAAGGAACAGAGGGAGAGAAGUUGGCCCAUUGAAAGAGCUUGCCAACUAUAACGGAUCUCGCAUCUUUUUUCACCCUGUUUCCUCGUCUUUCUUUUUUUUUUCUUUCUCUCUUCCUCUUGUUCGGUCGUUCGUUACAGCCGAUCAACGCGAAUCGAAACCUACGCAUAGGCCAGCAACAUGUUCCAGUGCAUUAUUCAGCAAAGGAACGGAUGGAUUCAUCCUUAUAACCCCGACACCAAGGACGUAUUUCCAGAUGAGAUCGUUUGUCGAAGCCGAGAAAUGUCAAAGAUCACGGCAGAGUGAUCCAGGUGCAACCACGAUCCUCUUCUUCGAGAAACUGGCCGAUUCGUUAAAUGGGAAGUAGUUUGACGACGUGUUGAAUAGCGUGAAAAUAAAAAAAAAAAAUAAUAAUAAAAAACGUGAACUACGUGUUGUGUUGUUGAGAAACAGAAAAGUGAUUUGUGCACGACAAGGACAAUCGCCAUCAACGGAAAUCAGUGGAGGGUUCACGGAUCACAGGGAAAAAUGUUCAAGCUCGCCGGACGCCAAGAAUGGGAGGCUUUGACGAAAGACAUACGGCUGCAGCUGAACGAACAGCUGAGAUGUCUCGACAUCAGGAUGGAGGCCCAAGUCGCCCUCGUGGCGGAGCUUCAGGAUUUUUUUCGAAGGAGAGCCGAGCUGGAGCUCGAUUACAGCAAGUCUCUAGACAAGAUGGCCAGAAGCAUACAGCUCAGACACAAGGAGCAAAAGCAAAAGCGAGAACAAUGGCCCCUAUUCUCCAGCUACGCUUGCUGGCAACAACUUAUCAACGAAACAAAAUCCUUAAGCAGAGAUCAUGCAGCACUUUCGGAGGUCUACAGCACGCACCUCGUUGGUCGUCUCAACCAGGUGAUGGAAGACGUACAGCGGAUAUACAAGCGUUGCCGUGAGAUAGGAUACGAGACGCACGAGGAGAUCCUCCGGGUGCUGCACGAGUUGCAUACAACGAUGAAAACGUACCAGGCUUACCAGGCAGAGUCCCGGCAAGCGGAAACAAAGCUUCGGGUGGCGGAACAGCAGCGCACCAAGCUCGAAGUGGCGAACGCCCCGCCCGAGAAACUGGCGCGCAGCAAGAAGUACAAGCUGAUCGAGAAGGAAGUGAACAAGAGGAAGAGCAAGUAUCAGGAAGCGAAGCUGAAGGCGUUGAAAGCGAGAAACGAGUACAUUUUGUGUCUCGAGGCAUCAAACACGACAAUACACAAAUACUUUGUGGACGAUCUGUCUGAUCUCAUUGAUUGCAUGGAUUUUGGUUUUCACAAUUGCAUUGCCAGAGCGUUGCUAAUGCACUGCAGUGCAGAAGAGGGUAGGCAACGUUCCUUGCAAUCGGGUGCUGAACAACUGGCUUCCUGUGUCGGUGCUCUAGAUUCGAGGGCGGAUAAACAAAGGUUUCUAGAAUCCCAUCAUUCUGCUUUUAUGAUCCCUAAGAAAUUCGAGUUCCAAGGACAACGAGGGGACGAGACCCCAGAGCCUGAAUUGCAAAAGCUAUUGCACGCCGAGAUGGAACAACGAUUGACGCAAUUGCAACAGAGAGUGACGUCCUUGAGAACCGAGUCUGAGGAAGUGUGGAAAACUUUAGAAACGGCAGAGGCCAGCCUGCUAGAAAUGCUGACCGCGAAAGACUACGACUGCUCUAGAUAUUUUGGAGAGAACGCUGUGCCCACUUCUAGACCUCCUGAAACGAUACAGAUCAAGCUCAGAGCCGACAGACAGGAAACCGAAGAAUUCUACCUCACGAAAUUCAGGGAAUACCUUCUUGGAACCUCAAGAAUAGCUAGGUUAGACGCGAAGCAAGAAUACAUUCGACAGAGCCUACUAGAUGGCUCCACUGCUAGCCCAAACCCAUCAAUAUCGGCAACGAAACAAAAACAGGCACGAAGGAAACGAAUCGGUAGAUUACAGAUGAACGGCCAACCAAAACUAUUCGGUGGCUCGUUAGAAGAAUACUUAGAAAGCACAAAUCAAGAAAUUCCUUUGAUCAUGAAGAGCUGCAUUAGAGUAAUCAAUCUGUACGGUCUACAUCAUCAGGGUAUCUUUCGUGUUUCGGGCUCCCAAGUAGAAAUCAACAACUUCCGGGAAUGGUUUGAGAGGGGAGAAGAUCCUUUGGCCGAUGUAACAGAUGCAUCGGACAUUAAUAGUGUUGCCGGUGUAUUGAAACUUUAUUUAAGAGAAUUGAGAGAGCCACUUUUCCCAAUUAUUUACUUUGAACAUUUAAUGGAGUUAGCACAGUUGGAAUCGAAGCAGGAGUUCGUUAAUAAGAUGAAGGAACUAAUUGCGAGUCUUCCAAGACCGGUCGUCAUUGUAAUGCGAUAUCUUUUCGCCUUUCUAAAUCACCUUUCAGAAUUUUCGGAUGAGAACAUGAUGGACCCCUACAAUUUAGCUAUCUGCUUCGGUCCUACUUUAGUACCAGUUCCCGAGGACAAGGAUCAGGUGCAGUACCAAAAUCAAGUAAACGAACUGAUCAAAAACAUCAUCACAUUCUGUGAGGAAAUAUUCCCAGAAGACAUUGGGGGUACUCAGUACGAAAAAUACAUCAGUAGGGAACCAGACGACGUAGACGUAGGAGACUCGCCAACGGAUCAAGUCCAGGAAGACAUGGACUCCGAAGUGUAUCCAUCCGAGGAUGAAUCGGAAAACCUCGAAGCCACAGCGCAAUUCGAUUUCAAUGCAAGGUCCGAAAGAGAGUUAAGCUUCAAAAAGGGGGAUACCUUGACUCUAUACACACAAGUCAGUAAUGAUUGGUGGCGAGGUGCCUUGGCUGGUAGAGAGGGGCUUAUUCCCGAUAAAUAUAUUAUGAUCAAGAUAAAGGAUGAAGAACGCGAAAAGGAACUUCUAAAAUCAUCGAGCGAAGAGUCAAUGCGAAGAAGAACUUCUAGCUCUGCCGAUAGUGUUCUAUCGAGUAACAACUCACCAUUGAUGGGACCGUCUGGGAAUGCAGCUACUUGGUCGUCUAGUACCAUGUCUGACACACCAGCUACCACGAAUAUAAUAUCAACAGACAAUAUCAGUAACAGCGGUGUGAUCUCAACGAUUGUGACAAAUGUCCCUUGCAUUUCUUCGGCCCAACCGAUCAUCAGCCGAGAGGAAUGUGGAUCUCGCGUGGCAAAAGUGUCAACGCCUGAGAAAGAGAAGCACUCCUUCGCUUCAGACGCUACGCAAGUCAUUGUUGGUAACAAUGCAGAAAAUGAAAAGACGGAUUUUAGCGAGUCAUCGAUACAGCAACAGCAGCAACGUAACGAAGAAGCUGGAGGCGAAGAAGCGGAGCGUAUCUCGUUACUGAAUUUGGACGGCGGCGCAAAACGUGGAACAAGCAGGAAACAACAUUGGAAAUCUCAGAGUAUGGGGGACACUGCGCAGCAAACGGUAAACCCUUUACAGACGAACACCGCUAUCGCCCAAGAAGAGGAACCUCAAGAACAACCAACUUUCUCGGCAAAUCGGGAGCUCUGGCAGAGACGUGCAACGUCGCAAACACAAUUGAAUCCUCCCGUGCCUCCGAAUCAUAAGCUUUUCCGUUCUUCUCAAGAAUUCCGUGAAAUGCGUCAGAAACACACGCCGGAUCUCGUGAUGGAUCUUCCUUUAUCCGCGCAGGAUGCAAGCAAAAAGUCUGCUUCGUCGAAUAGUCUUAGUAGUUCCGACGAGGAGAGCCCUAACUUAAAUCAGCCAUCACGGGCGGAGGCAGCCACGUCGCCCACGGGAGGACCCGAGUCUCCCGACAUGAGCACAGCCGCGGAACGGUUUGCCAAGCAAAAUCAGUGCACCUUGAAGAAAAACACGAAAACAAAUUCGGACGCGCCGAAAUUGAAACGCGUCGAACCUGAGCACGAGCCCGAACAGGAGCCUGAGGAUAUGGUCAGAUCAUCCAGUUCCAAUCAAAUCUCAGAUUCGAUGCCCUUAAGGUCACCGCUUCCUUCGCGUUCGACGCCUAAGGUUGUCGCGAAGUUCGCGGAUAUGCACCUAAGCCGCGGUAGCCAGGUGUCCUCGUUCAAACCGCAGGUGAAGGUGAAGCCGACGAUCCUCAGGAAACCGGUGCUGCCAUUCCCGCAUCCGCACAUGAGUCCGGAGCUCGCAAGGAAGAUCGAAAAGCAAGCGCAGAGCGCCGAACAGUCGAAUUAAUUGCUGCCAGGGUAUUGGAGAGUUUUAGCAGCAAAAGAUGUAUUUAUUUUUAGCAAUCCAUGCGUGUUUGAGUAAGGUUUCCAGGCGCGUAGAUUUGCCAUUGACUUUCCAUUGACCAGUUACUCCGCCCAAUCGCAAGGACAUAAACGAAGUGUGUUAAUUACUGUAUCCAAGAAGAAAGGAAAGCCGGGCAGUAUUGUUCCUUGGUACGAUGAUACGUUACAUACCAGGUUCGAUGCUACCCUCGGGCCGAGUUUAUUUUUUCUACGACUAUUUUCCAUUUUCGCAUAAUUUUUUUACCAAAUGACCCGCGAAACGAUGUUUCUAGUCAUCGAGAGACGAUUGAAAAACGAUGCGAGAAAUGUGUGAGCGAGAUAAUACAUCGAAAAAAAGAAAAAUGAAUUACAAUUUCGAGGUUAAAUAGUUAUUUACCGUGAGAGUGAGUGUGUGAGAGAGGGAGAAAAAGAUUUUGUACGUUGGACAAUAUGUAAUUUAUUACAAGGAAUAUUUCUUCUCAAGAUGUAUCAGUAUGUUUGCAACAAACGUGUUCGAUGUUCCUUUAAAAUGCACGUGAGUGGGUAUGAGUUAAACGAAAAAAAAAAAAGAUA